UAUGCUGCAGAGGAGUGGGCUUUUGUGGCUUGCUAUCUUGGUAACCCUGUGGGUUUCCUCAAAUGCUCAGGAUGGUGAGAAGGAAGAGGAGACUACCUUUGAUUUACUUCAAAUCAGUAACAUAAACCGAAAGACAAUUGGAGCAAAAUUGUUCCGUGGUCCAGACCCCUCUAUCCCAGCAUAUCGUUUCAUUCGGUUUGACCAUAUACCUCCAUGUAAACCAGAGAAAUUAAAAAAGAUUGUCAAACUCAUACGGCAGAAUGAGGGCUUUAUCCUUUCAGCCACCCUGAGACAGGACAGGCAAUCUAGAGGCACUAUCCUUGCUUUAGAGGGUCCUGGCAUCAGUGAGAGGCAGUUUGAGAUCAUUUCUAAUGGCCGUGCCAACACCCUGGACCUUAUCUAUUGGGUGGAUGGCUUCCAGAACGUGAUUUCCUUGGAAGAUGUGGACCUUGCCGACUCACAGUGGAAGAACCUCACCAUGCAAAUAACAGGAGAGAACUACAACCUCUAUGUUGGCUGUGACCUUAUUGACAGCUUCAUCUUGGAGGAGCCUUUCUAUGAGCAGUUGAAAGCAGAGAACAGCAGAAUGUAUGUGGCAAAAGGGUCUAUUCGGGAGAAUCAUUUCAGGGGUCUUUUGCAAAAUAUUCAGUUAAUCUUUGAUACUUCAAUAGAGGAUGUUCUGCGUAAAAAAGGAUGCCAGAGAAGCCAGACAACUGAAGUGAACACCAUCAAUGAGAGCACGGAAAUCCUUCACUUGAGUCCUGCUGUUACAACUGAAUAUGUGGGCGAGAAACCAGGGAAGGCAGAGUUCUGUGACCGCUCCUGUGAAGAGCUGGGCACGAUGUUCACAGAGCUCACCGGCCUGCGCAUUGUGGUGAACAACUUAGCUGAUAACCUCCAAAAAGUUUCUGAAGAGAACCAAAUUAUGUGGGAAUUGAUUGGGCCUAACAAAACACUGAAGAACCAGUCUGUUUGCUGGCAGGAUGGUCGUGUCUUUGCAGACAAUGAAAGCUGGAUUGUAGAUAGCUGCACCAAGUGCACCUGCCAGGAUUCUAAAGUUGUAUGCCAUCAAAUCACCUGCCCAGCAGUCUCCUGUGCUGAUCCAUCUUUUGUUGAAGGUGAAUGCUGUCCAGUCUGCUCUCAUUCUGAUGACAGUGAGGAAGGCUGGUCACCAUGGUCAGACUGGACGAAGUGCUCAGUUACAUGUGGCUCUGGGACUCAGAUGCGAGGAAGGUCAUGUGAUGUGACCAGGAGUGCUUGUACAGGCCCACACAUCCAGACAAGGAUGUGCAGCUUUAAGAAAUGUGACCAUCGCAUACGUCAAGAUGGUGGCUGGAGUCACUGGUCUCCCUGGUCUUCCUGUUCAGUUACCUGCGGAGUAGGAAAUAUCACCCGCAUCCGCCUCUGCAAUUCCCCUAUUCCCCAGAUGGGUGGGAAAAACUGUGUGGGAAAUGGGCGUGAAACAGAGAAGUGCGAGAAGGUUCCAUGUCCAGUGAAUGGCCGGUGGGGUCCUUGGUCUCCAUGGUCUGCCUGCACUGUUACCUGUGGAGGAGGAAUUCGUGAGAGGUCUCGCCUCUGCAACAGUCCAGAGCCACUGUAUGGAGGAAAGCCGUGUGUGGGAGAUACCAAGCAACAUGAUAUGUGCAAUAAGAAGGAUUGCCCAAUUGAUGGGUGUUUGUCAAAUCCUUGCUUUCCGGGAGCAGAGUGCAACAGUUACCCAGAUGGGUCUUGGUCAUGUGGGCCAUGCCCAGCAGGUUACCUUGGCAAUGGUACUGCCUGUGAGGAUCUUGAUGAGUGUAUAGCUGUGUCAGACAUUUGCUUCAAGGUGAAUCAAGUCCAUCGCUGUGUGAACACAAAUCCAGGUUUCCACUGCUUGCCAUGUCCUCCGCGCUAUAAAGGAAGUCAGCCCUAUGGGGUAGGGCUGGAAGUUGCCAAGACAGAGAAGCAAGUCUGUGAACCUGAGAAUCCAUGCAAGGACAAGACGCACAGCUGCCAUAAGUCUGCAGAGUGCAUUUAUCUGGGCCAUUUCAGUGAUCCUAUGUACAAAUGUGAAUGCAGGACGGGAUAUGCUGGUGAUGGGCGCAUCUGUGGUGAGGAUUCAGAUUUGGAUGGCUGGCCUAAUAAUAACUUGGUCUGUGCUGCUAAUGCAACAUAUCAUUGUGUCAAGGAUAACUGCCCCCUUCUGCCUAAUUCUGGCCAAGAAGACUUUGAUAAAGAUGGCAAAGGAGAUGCCUGUGAUGAGGAUGAUGACAAUGAUGGUGUUGAAGAUGACAAAGACAAUUGCCCUCUUCUGUUCAACCCUCGUCAGUUCGAUUAUGACAAGGAUGAAGUUGGUGACCGCUGUGAUAAUUGCCCCUAUGUGCACAACCCUGCUCAGAUUGACACAGACAAUAAUGGGGAGGGUGACUCAUGUGCUGUGGAUAUUGAUGGAGAUGACAUUUUUAAUGAACGAGAUAAUUGUCCUUACGUCUAUAACACAGACCAGAGUGAUACAGAUGGUGAUGGAGUUGGUGAUCAGUGUGAUAAUUGUCCCUUGAUGCAUAAUCCAGACCAGACUGAUGCAGAUAAUGACCUUGUUGGUGACCAGUGUGACAACAAUGAGGACAUAGAUGAAGAUGGCCACCAGAACAACCAGGAUAACUGCCCUUACAUCCCCAAUGCAAACCAGGCUGACCAUGAUAAAGAUGGUAAAGGAGAUGCCUGUGAUCCUGAUGAUGAUAAUGAUGGUGUCCCAGAUGACAGGGACAAUUGUCGUCUUAGAUACAACCCUGAGCAGGAGGAUUCUGAUGGUGAUGGCAGAGGUGAUAUUUGCAAAGAUGACUUUGACGAUGACAAUGUCCCAGAUAUUUAUGAUGUUUGCCCUGAAAACAAUGCUAUAAGUGAGACUGAUUUCAGAAAGUUCCAGAUGGUCCCACUGGACCCCAAGGGAACAGCUCAGAUUGAUCCCAACUGGGUUAUUCGCCACCAAGGCAAGGAACUGGUACAGACUGCCAACUCUGAUCCUGGAAUAGCUGUAGGCUAUGAUGAGUUCAGCUCUGUUGACUUCAGUGGGACAUUCUAUGUUAACACAGAUCGUGAUGAUGAUUAUGCUGGCUUUGUGUUUGGCUACCAGUCCAGCAGUCGGUUUUAUGUUCUCAUGUGGAAGCAGGUCACUCAAACCUACUGGGAGGACAAGCCCACCAGGGCUUAUGGCUAUUCUGGUGUGUCACUCAAAGUAGUAAAUUCAACAACUGGUGCUGGUGAACACUUGAGAAAUGCCCUCUGGCACACAGGAAACACACCUGGACAGGUGCGCACAUUGUGGCAUGAUCCCAAGAACAUUGGCUGGAAAGAUUAUACUGCUUACCGGUGGCAUUUGAUUCAUAGACCUAAAACAGGAUUAAUAAAAGUUUUAGUGUAUGAAGGGAAACAAGUCAUGGUGGAUUCUGGACCAAUCUAUGAUACAACAUUUGCUGGUGGACGAUUAGGCCUUUUUGUCUUCUCUCAAGAGAUGGUCUAUUUCUCUGACCUCAAAUAUGAAUGCAGAGAUGCUUGAGCAAUGGUUGCUGCAUUACCAGCAAAGUACUGUAAAUGCUAUGCAACCUAGACACCUCAGUACAUCCUGGUACUCCCAGUUUCUAUUUUUGUGUACCUCCUGUCCUCUGUCCUCGUGCUCCACCCACCAGGUACCUCCCUGCUGCCAGGAGUGCCUCAGCCAUCCCUUCACCCAAGUGCCUUCUCACAGCCAGGAUUAAUGAAACCUAAAUGUGAGCAUCUGACCCACCACUGAAGCAGUAGCAGAUUGAUACAUUAGAAAACUUCUGUAGAGUGAAAACAUGGGGUUUUAUUUGUCUUUUUUCAAGGAAUGACGUUUACAUAUAAAAAUGUAAUUACUUAAUGUAUUUAUAUAUAUGGAGAAAAAGAGGGGGGUGAUGAUUGUCAGUCAUUAAGUGAGGAAAAAUGUGUUUGAAUAAGUUUUUAGGUGUAUGAUUGACACUUCCUUGUUCUGAUCAGGACUGGACUUCAAUAACACGAGGCUUCUGGGUCUAACUUUAGCAAAGUGAUGGAGGGCUACACCAACGGUGUCUAUAAUAACAGUGAAAAUGCCUUUGAGUAAUAAAGAUCAACUAUGAACACUUCUCGAUCCAAAAAGAUGUUCUUUAGCUGAUGAAGAUGCUUUUACACCUAUUAAAAUUACAGUUGGUAGAAAUGCCAGAUUUGAAACUUAAA